AUGAACGCGUCCUUGGGCUUCAACACUAGUCUGCUUAGCUCCAAUACGACCUCCGAGGACCUGAACUCGGACGCCCCAGUUCAGCAUGCCAACCCGGUGGUAGCCUUCAUUAUUGGUCUUGCCAUUAUCCUACUGGCGUCGAUUCUGAAUGCUGCUGGACUCAACUUGACGAAGCUAGACCAUGUCCGGACAAGUGCCAUUCCCAAGGCACAGCGACGUAGAGAUUGGUUACGACCAUUAUGGCUGCUCGGAAUGGUAUUAUACAUUACCCUUGCCCUCGAAUACAUGAGAGCAGAAUACGUCGCUCCCCUUGGUUCAACAUCAUUAAUCUUCAACUUCCUCUUCGCAAAGUUCCUCGUGGAUUCCCCGGUUACGAAUUACGAUAUCUACGGUACAAUAAUUGUCAUAUUAGGCGUCAUCGGGAUCGUGGCGUUCGGAUCUAUUAACAGCGGCCUGGGGGAGGAGACAAGCGCAAAGCACCUCACGUACCUUUGGACGCGGGGCAACUGGCUGUCGUUCUUCUUCUUCAUGGCCUUCGCCCUCAUCAUCGUCUGCAUGUUCGUCUCCCAGCUCGAGCAGGUUCUCACGGCGCGCGGGGACAUCAAUGCGGAGCCCUUCGCGGGCAUGAGCUCGCGAAGGAGUGGAGGGCCGGCGCCGGUAGGCUUCUACCGGAGGACGAUGGGGGCUAUCGAGACUGCGAUGAUGUGGGUUCGGGAGAAGCUGGAGCUGUGGACAGCGCCUCAGGACGACAAGCGGGUGGCGUGGACACUUGGGAUAGGUUGGGCGUGCUGUGGCGGGGGCCUGGCUGGCGGAUGUCUGGUGUUCGCGAAGGCUUCAGUGAAGGUCAUCUCGGGUACCAUGUCCCAUGAGAACUCUGGGAACCAGAUUGGCCAGGCGUCGACCAUCUUCACGUUCAUAUUGCUCGCCGUCACCGCAGUAUCGCAGAUCAUUUGUCUGAACCGCGGCCUCAAGGUAUACGACUCCACCCUUGUCGUGCCUGUGUUCUAUGGCGUAUACACCGCUGCAGGCUUCCUCGACUCCUUGAUCUUCAAUGACGAGGUGGACGCGUACCAGCCAUGGACACUCUUCCUCAUCUUCGUCUCCAUGAUCAUCCUCAUCUCUGGCGUCGUCCUCCUCACGUACAAGAAACCCGAGAAGAAACCCUCUACCACAGUCACUCCCGGCACCGUCGCCAUGGCCUCACGAUCACCCCGACGGGGCGGCGGCCCGAAAGGCGACGACGAAGACGACGAGCAGGACGCGCUCCGGGAAGGCGACGAGCCCGAGCCAGAAGAAGUAUGGCAGAUCGGCGAUAUGAGCGACGACGAGGACGGCGCGCGCCCACGCAGCCCGCGUCCCACUCGCCAUCGUAGCGCAAGCGCGCGAUCGGGGGGAGAGGGAGAAGAGGCGCGCAUCCUCACAGAGGAUGACGAGGAUGGCGGGCGGGAAUCGACGUCGUCGGAUGCGACGCUUGCAAGACCGGAGAACCCGCCACCAUAUGGAGACGAUGACUUCGGUCGGUGGGAAGAGGGGAAGCUGCAAUGA